AUGGCAUUUGUUGUUAAGAUAGUUCUUCUCGCUACGCUUGUCUAUAGUACAAGCGCUGGGCUGACGCACGACCACGGCUCAGAUUCUUAUGUGUCCUCCGCUUUACACGCACCAUCUGCUAAUUAUGGCCCACCUUCAACAUCUUAUGGCACUCCCCUUGGAGGACCUUCAGACCUAAGCGGACCUGGUAGUGCUAUUGAUGGCGGCCUAGAACACGGAGACCUAUCUGGACACGGACAUUCUCUAGAUGGACACGGACAUUCUCUGGAUGGACACGGUUCUCUGGAUGGGUCACACGGCGCUGACCUAAGCGGAGGAAUUGGUGGCUCAUUCGGAGGCGACUACUCGUCAUCUGGAUUUCAACCCAUUGCGGGAUCGGGAAUUUCGGGACCCGGUCUAGGUUCUGAUGUUGGUUCAGGAUUUGGCUCUGGCUUAGGAGCUCCAGCAUUCGGCGGUUCUAGCUUAGGAGCACCAGCUUUUGGAGGACCUGGCUUAGGAGCACCAGCUUUUGGAAGUUCUGGGCUCGAUGCUCCAGCAUUAGGCGCACCUGCAUUCGGAGCACCCGCCGAUCUCUCUGCUCCUGGUGUCAUUCAGUCCAAUACUAUUAUUCCCGGUACUCCCGUUGUAUCUACAAACGUUGCUGUCGGACCUCCCAAGAUCAUUGGAACAACUGUAACCGUCGGGCGUCCAGUCGCGGCUGCAACUAGAUACGAACUCCAGUCCGUAGUCCAGAACGUCGUUCGCCGCGUUCCAGUGGAAGUAACAAGGCAUAUUCAGGUCGCUGUGCCACAAGCCGUACCGGUUCCAGUCCGUCAAGAGGUCAAAGUUCCCGUACCGCAGCCUUACCCGGUCAAAGUGGAUGUUGUUAAGCACGUACCUUACCCAGUAUACAAGACCAAACACGUCGAGGUUGAGAGACCGGUUCCAGUGGAGGUUGUCAAACAAGUACCUGUUGAAGUAAUCAGAAAAGUCCACGUACCAGUAGAAAGGCCUUACGAGGUUAUCAAGAAGGUACACGUCCCAAUUGAAAAGCACGUCGAAGUCCCCGUCGUGUCAUGGAAGCCUUACCCCCUUCACAUCAUCAAACACGUAACCCACUACAAAAAGAAGAGCUGCUGCUGGUAG